CCCUCCCCCGCCUUUGAUUCCACCAUCACCACCAUCCGCGAGAAGCAGCCCGCUAACAUCUGCAGUAUCCUUAGCCUCCAACCAGAUUCUCCCACCCCCUCUCCCUCCAUAAUCCUCCUCUCUAUUAGUUGUCCCUCCUUUACUACCAUAGCUCCAUGGCUUGUCCAGAUUUUCCCAGGAAUACGCGUCCCCACCCCAAACAUCCUCUGGAAGCUUCAUAUUGUCCAUCAAGCAGCUGGCCCCCCUGCCACCGUGUCCCCCACCACUGCCCUGAACAUCGUCCGGCGUUCCCUUCGUCUCCGGCGGGUCGCCAGCCCUUGCGGUCACAUUAAUCACCGAGUUCCCAAACAGGGUUGCGUUUCCGGCAGCUAUGCGGACGGUGCUGGCCACAAUCUCUGCAAAGGGGUGCAGCCUGAAUUCGCCGGUCACGUUCAUAUAAACCAAGCAGCCGAAUUCCGGGCAGGUGAGGGACACCCCCUGGAGGAUGAACAGGUUGCCCCGACCCUUGACACGGACGUUGCCGGUGAAAUUCAAGCUGUAGCUGAGCUCGCAGGUGGUGUCGAGCGACCCGAUGCCCUUCAGGUCCUCGCAGGGGCGGCGGUUUCGACGGCGUGGGAGGAAGGGAGGGGCCCGGCGACGAGUAGUUCGCUCGGAGAAGCUCCAGCGCCAGGCGGCCCGGCCCCAAAAUGGAGAAGUCCUCGAGGGACCCGAGAUUCGGACCGGCUAGGAGGAGGAGGACAAGCGAGGAGGAGAGGAGAAGGGGGGGUGGGGCGGCCAUGGAAGAUGAUUCAUCAGAGGAUUCAGAGAAAUUUGGGAGAGAAUAGGAAGAAUGGGUGCGUGAGUUGUACGCGUGGGGAUCUGCAGCAUGUAUGCGCGCAUGAGGGAAAACAGGUGGAGACUGUUGAGAACGCGAGGAAUUCGGGAAUUUCCUCCGGCUUUCAUUUUCAUCCAAGCGUGUUAAGAAAAAAC